UUUUGUGGAAUGAACAAAAGUGUCGUGCUCAUAUUGCUCGUUGCCGUAGUCAACGCAGCACAUUACAAGCAUGGUCAUGCUCAUCACAAAAUUGACGACGAUAAUCGAAAGCUUCGCGACGGCGCCAAUCCUGAUGAAGACGAUUACCGCAACUUUUGCUCCAGGAUCUCAUCGUUUCAACCUCAGAAAGCACAGUCAGAACUGACUGAAGUUCUUCAAAGACUUCAAGAUGACGGCCUCCUUCCAACGUCGAAUCCUAACAAGAAAGCCGAAGAAAUUUGUGAGCACCCUGGGAAUUAUUCCAGCCGCGUAUGCUCGUACUUUCGCAAAUACGAAAUGAUCAACAGCAUUCUUCUUGAUUACAAUAUGGUAACAACCGAGUCUGAUGUCAGACCGUUCUACCUACGUAUGUGGUGUAAGCAUCCAGAGUGUCUAGAGUUCAAAGCACGAAACUGUAAGAUCGUGUCUCACCGAAACGAGGGUCUUCCUGGCUACGUUGGUUGCACUGGUUUGCAUGUAGCAGCCCUUGACCCCAAGACGAGCAUCCAACUGAGAGAAGAAGUCACAAAAAUUUGCAAGGUCGACAAAUACGCUGGUCCAUUUUGCCUGUCCGAUAAAAUGAUUGGAAUUGUUGAUCGAUGUUCAAGAAAAGACGAAAUGAAGAGCUUUCUUGAUGCAGACCAAUUUAACAACGCCAUUUUGCUGAACUACGCAGCGUUGAAAUCAGUCGAUCCUGAGAACUUCGCUGAAGUUCAACCAUCGAACCAGAAAGAGCAGGAACUUUACUCUGGCAACCUUCAGGUAAUAUUUGAUCUUUUCAACCAAGCAAAAUAUGCUGAGCUUGCAAAGUACAUGGAAUUACUGCCAGGCUCGAUAGAUAUCGUUCCCUCGUGCACCAGCAUGGCGACGGCCGGUUUUGACGAAUCGAAACAGCGCGAAUGUAUUCUGGGAAGAACAAUCGAUCAAGUUAAGCAAUUUUUGCAGUUAUUACCGGAAAAUAAACCCAGUCUGGGCGGUGAAGAGAGGAAAAUUUUGAACACCAAAAUUGAUUACAAGGAGUAUCUCAAACAAGGACAAAUAGAAAGGAUUCUCGAUGUUGUCCAAAAUCAAGAACUUACAAUUUUUACCAUCACCGACAACCUGAAAAAGCAGUUCGACAAAAGUGUGGGAGAAAGGUUUCAAGAAAUGAAAACAUACUUCAGUCAAGUAGAAGGGUUCAACAAAGAGAUUGCGAAGGCCGAUAUUGGAUAUAUUAGUGGAACUCUGAAUACUUACGAAACCUCGAUAGAGAAUCUAGCCCGUGAAGUAGCAACUGGGCUUAGUGACUUACUCCUAUAUGCCAUCGGGACAUCGUCCGCAGACCUCAUUCAGAAAACUGCUGUACUUGCAAUGCAGAUCGCAGACGCUUGUAACCCUUUAAAGACCUUGUUUGGCGGAGGUGCAGCUACAGAUGUUCUCGGUGCAGCGGACGAGUUAGCACUAGCUAUUGCAAAUGUUGCAAAGUCAGCAAAACUGCAAUCGUCAUUCGGAGAGCUGAUUGACAAAACUGAGAAAAUUAUGAAUAAAUUUGAUGACAACAGCGAGUUCUUGAGAACGGUUAAGGAAUUGUUGAAAAAAAUUGAUGCUGAAGAAACCUCGGAUUCGUCUUUCGAGGACAAUAAGAUCACAUUUAUAGAGAAAUACAACGCGUACACGCCCGGUGUAACGAAACCAGAACUCACUGAAAUGACGGCCACAUGGGAAACUGUUUUGGAUGAGGCCUGUAACGUUAUAGAUGGUGCUGAAACAACCGGAGCAGCCGCCAUAAAGGCGAUAGUCGAUGGGUUGGGGCUCUGCUGGAAAGUUAAGAUUAAAGCCCAGAAAAUGAUUGAAACAUAUUGCGAAAUUUACGACUUUCAAUUUGAUCUGAUGGACGCAUUGGCUGCUUAUGUGCGAUCAGCCACCGCCGUAAAUGCUGCUAGUGAUAUGAACGAAAAUUAUGCACAAGUUGCUCAGUCCAAUCCAGAUGAUAUUCUGUACUUCUUGCAACAACUAGCGGGAUUAUCUUUCAUUAUGAACAAGAUUCAAAUGAUGCAGACGGUGGAAGCCUACUGCGACGUUUUGGAAUACAAGGAAGGAGCAGUGCGGCCCAGUGUAUGUAGAGGACUGGACACUGAUGUAAAAGGUCUUAUAGCUCAUGUUGAGAAAGAGUGUUCAAGCAAAACACUGCAAUACAGGAACGUACCUAUGACGCCAGCGAAAAGUGGGGACAAAGCGUUUUUGAAUAUUACAGAACUGUUUGCUGGAAGGCCCGUGACAUUCCAAAUACCCGAUGGGCAGUGGUUGGUGGACAAUGAAUGGAUUAAUGAAGACGAAAAGAGUGCGGCAAUUUACCUUCGGAAAUUUGAGGUUUUCUUGCCAACAGAGAGCCAGACGUCACGAGAUAUACAAGUUGUAACAAAAAUUACCGGUGGAAACUACUUGACUGAUGAUAAAACCGAAUACCUGAUCACUCCUCCUAGACCUUUAGUUUUCGACUAUGCCGAGGGUCGCGACACAGUAUGUCGUCAGGAAAGUAUUCGCAAUCCGUACACGUUGUGUGCCACUGAUGCCCCAGCAGAGAUAUGUCCACAUUCUCCAGAAACAGACUGUGUCGAGGUCCCGACAACUGUUCUCUACGGCUCAAUUUUUGCACAAUUGAGCGUUCGCCUUCGUGGUUAUCCUUCCAGUCUACCAAUUCCAGACCCAGCGACCCAAGCCUCGGUGAAAGUAGGCGUCCAACUUUGCAAGAUGAGUGAUUUGGUUAAAGAUGCAACGGUAUCACAUACGAAAAAACCUGGUGUGGCGAAGAAACAUUGGUCGAAGAAGUUGCGAAAAGACUCCAGUAGCAGACGGUGUUGUGGGGAUGGACAGUACUGGAAUGAGAAGGAGGGCUCGUGUCAAUCGUGUCCGAAUGGAUCUGUUCGACGACUUCAUGGUUACUUCUGUGACAAUAACCACAAAACACUAAGUUCUUAAACUUACUUAAGCUUCAUUAUUUAUUUGGGGAAUAUAGACUUUUUGGGGGAACUUGAUUUACAACAACAUCAAAAUAAAUUGUAUUUGGCAUUGGCAGAGGAGUGACUUUGGAAAUAGUAAAGUUCUCUUGUAAGUUGUAAAUAUUCAUUAAUAUCCAUACAAUAAUUAUUUGCUUAAACUUUGAUUUGUGCGUUACAAGUAGCGAUGAAUGAAACUCAACAGGCAAUGACG